AUGUUGAAACCUGAAGUAUUUUCAUACGCCACCUAUUAUGGGGCGCUGGCGUGGUUAGGAUAUUAUCUUCUCUGGACUGCCGCGCUCCGCCAUGGCGCAAGAGCAGCCAUGGUGGCAGUUAAAAGAACGAAUCGAUUCCCGGACGGCACACCCCUAAUCCAGCGGUAUACGCCAAUUGCAGCACUUGACAGACAGCUUAUAUCCGCAGUGAUAUUCUAUCAUGGGUUGUUGGAUGGUACAGAUCCGGCGCAUGGCCUGCUGCUUGUGGAUGUGCAUUCGACCAUGCAGGCCACUGCUCUCUGCAUAAUGGCCCAAACCCGGGCCUCACUUCCAUUUACAGCCUCUCUCCUAAUUCCGACCGUAUGGGGGAUUGUCAACCAGUUCUAUGGCGCUGCUUUUGUCUAUCCGCUAUACCUGUUGUGCCAAACCGUAUGGCAUGGAUUUGAGGCAUUCCCCGCUGUGAAUGACUCUCGGAUUAAUUUGGCGCUUGUGGCCAGCGCAGUCUGGAGCUCCAUCCUGCCGCUUGCCUUUCUCUUUCCCCUCUUUGUUCCAAGUUGCGUUGCACGACGGCAGCGGGCCAUCGCGCUCUAUAGGGCUUCCCCUAUCGUAUUGACGUUGCUGCAGUGGAUGGGGGAACAUGUUCCCCUCGAGCGUGUCUUCCCGACCGUCCCGGAGUCAGCCCCUUAUUUAGUAGUGGCGGUCACGGCGGCAGCAGCGCAUCUGUAUGCGAUACUUGGAGCUGCUGUAGCCAGUUAUUCACCGCCCGUGACCAUGAAGGAGAUGCUCUACCGAAUCUACCUUCCGAGCACAUCGCGACCGAAAUUGCCUGCAGCUGUGCUUUCAAGGGCUGCCCAUGAAUUCCUUCAAUAUGAUAUGCUGAUCCUGGCGGCUGCAUUCAUCCUCUGCGCCAACGUUCUGCUCGCACCGGUCCUUCCGGUGGCUACCUGGCUGAUCAUCGCAUCCUUGUUUGUAGCUAUGGUAGCUCUGGGGCCAGGAGCUGUGUUGGCAUUAUCGUUUGCUCUUCGAUGGUAUCUUCAGCAAUAG